AGGAAGCGCAUAGGACACGGCCACACAGCUCUCUCUGCCGUUGUUUUCUUCCACGCGCUCUGCAACGCCACCGCUCCCCCGCUCGUCGCCGGCGCCGCCGCCGGAGGAGAAGCCGACGAGAUCGGCGACGCGCGCAACCAUCCCGCCGGUCUCCCGCGACCCCGGAUCUCUCCAACAUGUCUACUGUCAAGGGACAGACCAGGAGGGAGAGGCCUAGAGGAGCUCGCCCUCAUGGAUUGACGAAGCAGAAGAGGCAGGAAAUAAAGGAGGCGUUUGAUCUGUUCGACACAGAUAACUCUGGAACCAUUGAUGCCAAAGAGUUGAAUGUUGCCAUGAGAGCCUUGGGAUUUGAGAUGACAGAAGAACAAAUUAACCAGAUGAUUGCUGAUGUGGACAAAGAUGGUAGUGGAUCCAUAGAUUAUGAGGAGUUUGAGCAUAUGAUGACUGCUAAGAUUGGAGAGAGAGACAGUAAAGAAGAACUUACGAAAGCAUUCAGUAUUAUCGACCAAGAUAAAAAUGGGAAGAUAUCAGAUGUUGAUAUUCAGCGAAUUGCCAAGGAAUUAGGUGAAAACUUCACUUAUCAAGAGAUUCAAGAAAUGGUGCAAGAGGCAGAUCGAAAUGGUGAUGGUGAGAUAGAUUUUGAUGAGUUCAUUAGGAUGAUGAGGAGGACUGGAUAUGGUUACUAGAUGGAUGGACAGGAUGGUGCAGCGAGUGUAUGAUCUUGUGCAGUUGUUUUAUGACCACCACCGUGUCUCUCCCUAAUGUAUUUACCGCUGUAGUUUACUCUGAACAAGAACAACCAUGCUGUGUACUGUGUACUUUAACUAUGGUAACAUAUUUAUGCACAUGUUUUCUAUUCGACGGCACUAUCACCUACAAUAGAUCUUGAUUGUGAUUGCGAGCA